GCAGCACGGAUUUCAGAGCUUUAUUCGUGGAGUGUGUGGAUGCACAUGUGUAGGAGGUGAGAUGAGACAAAUGUCUCCCCUUCCGUCCGUUCCUCUGCUCGGCCCGUUCUUUUCAUGUCAGUCGAACAUUGGACAUGAAAGUGUGAAGUUAUUUCGCCAAGUCGUUUCUUCAGUCUGGCUUUAGUUUCAAUUUGUGGGCCUGCUCGUGGGUGGCUUGGCCACACCGUGUCGAGAGCGAGGAGUGCGAAAUAUAGUGUGGGAUAAGAAAUGGUUAUCGUGGUGGUGUCGACUACUUACUUUCUCUCCUCGGGUGUCCGGCUUACCAUGUGGAUUUGUCUCUGGUUGUGAUGGAUUGUGGGGGUCACGUCCAUGUGACGAGGAUGCUCCAAUAAUAAAAAUAAUAAUAUCACGGGUUGGGUGGUCAUCAAGUAUUUAGUGACAUCACUCAUCCAUCCAGCGCCUCCCCUCUAUUUUCGGUGGACAAUGCGAUGGAAAAAUUCAUUUCGAGUGACGCAGUCCAUCCUGCACGUCGGAUAGGAGGAGUGCUAUGAAAAUAAAUGUGUACAUCAUCUCCGGUGGUGGUGAAAAUUAAUACCUACGUAUUUACCAAGCAUGCAUAACUCCUUGUUAUUCCACUUCUGAUUUUAUUAUUUGACAGAUAAGAGGAGAGAUAAUACUCCGUCCGUUUUGAUCACUCUUCAAAAAGCUAUACUGGGAACAAGGACGUGCAUUCUUACCUAAUUAAGCCGAGAACCAGCAACAGUUCGUUCAACGUGGUGCGGGGAAUGGUCACAUUUAGGCGGAGGGGAAAUUCUUCUUCACUCGGACGGCUUGAUUUCAAACUUGGACUUGAAAUUGAAACAGUUUUCGUGGAUUAAAAAAAGAAAUAGUGUGAAAGUGGAUUUGAGGAAUGUGCUGGAUUGGACUUGAUAAAAUUUAACUGCCACGAUCGACCGAUAACCACCAUUUGAUGGAAUGAUGACCACUUGACUACCACCGAACGCCACUUGCACACUCUCAAUUUCUGCUUCUUCCACUAAAAUUACCACACCAGACCUGUCGCCACGUAAAACUUGCUGACCAUGGCCGUCAGUCCGUUGCACAAGUCGCUCUUUGUCGUGAUUUGCAUCGGAGUCUCCUUCUUCAUGCUGACUCUCAUCGCGGUCCAUCAGCCUCAACAGACGGGCUACCUGGGAGGAGGAAACUCGAUGGAAGAGCUGCUGGCUGGACGCUCCAUCUCGGUCAAGAUAGACGACGCCGUGGUCGCCAACAUAUCCGACCGCGUGUUGGAAUCCAUCCGGACUGACACGACCCUCUGCUCCGCCAUCAGAGAGACCAAUCUGCCCAUGAUCUACUUAAUAACGCCCACGUACAAGCGGCCAGAACAGAUCCCGGACUUGACGCGGCUCGCCCAAACCUUGAUGCACGUCCCUUCCAUUACCUGGCUGAUCAUUGAGGACGCCGAAUCACUCAGCCCGGUCGUGACGGAGAUACUUAAACGGUCCGGGAUCCGAUAUGUGCAUCUGAUUGCCCCCAUGCCAGCCGAGCAGAAGAAGAAGAAGGUGAAGGCUCGUGGCGUCUCGAACCGCAACAAAGGGUUGGACUGGGUCCGUGAGAACUAUGUGGACACCCGGGGCGUGGUCUACUUCGCCGACGACGACAACACUUAUGAUCUCAGACUGUUUGAUGAAAUCCGGACGGUGGAAAAGGUUGGGAUGUGGCCGGUCGGGUUGAUCACACAUUUUGGCGUUAGCUCCCCCGUGGUUCGAGACGGACGCGUGACCGGCUUCUACGACGGAUGGGUCGCCAACCGCAAGUAUGCCGUCGACAUGGCUGGAUUCGCCGUCUCGGUGGAUACCAUUCUUCAGUUUCCCGAUCUGAAGAUGCCCUUCGUGCCGGGCUACGAGGAGGACGGUUUUCUCAAAGGGCUCAGCUUAAAGUUGGAAGAUAUCGAACCAAAGGCGGACAAUUGUACCAAAAUCUACGUGUGGCACACGCAAACCAAGAAGAACAAAAACCCCAUCAAAGCCAACCAGACUGUGUAUGAGUUUACAAACGUGUGGUCUCUGUACGAGCAGAUUGAGAUGUGAAAUAUUUACGUACGUACGAGAUCAAACGCAGAAAUCAAAGCAAUUGAUUCAUAUCUGACAAAACAUAUGAAACUCUCUCUCUCUCCGUGUAGUUUAGUGACUUAAUUGGUGUUUGUGUAAUAAGUGUGUUACUUACAUAACUCACCCGGUUUUUUUGUUGUUAUCCUGGUUUUCGACCUUUUCCAUCCCCACAAACAUUUGAUGCAUGUAUAUGUUUGCAUGCAUUCUAGAAAUUAAUAGAAUUGAUGUGGAAGGAUCGAGUGACCCCGAUGACGACCCACUUCCGGUGAUCCCACUGCGAAAUAGGAUACUUGUUUGAAGCACAAACCACACAUUCACAGCCCGUCUCGAACUCACAGCGUGGGUUGAGAUGAGACAAUAAUCAUGGCAGAAGAACUGAACUUAUUCUUACCCAACAAAAACCUAACCUUAUCUACAUAAAUAAAUAUAUAUCUACUUAUCCGGAUGGUGUGCUGCUUAUCGUUGGAAUAAUUUACUCACUCAGAAAACCAAACUUCAUUACUUAAGGGUUAAAUUCCCACGUCUACUAAAUAUUUUUGUACCACAGGAAAAAAUGAUGAAGAUGAAUCAAAAACUUACGAGAAUGAAACGCUUACGUUUUUCAUACGUGUCUCUCUAUUCUGAUGACUUUCUUAACCUUUGAAGCGUCGAAUGUGUGGGCGGACUGCGUUUUAUUUUGAGUAUUAUUAUCUUCCUUUAGCCCUGUUUUAGUCGUGGUGGUGGACUUAUCUACAUUUUCCACUCCUACGUUUUCUCAUCGUUCGUUAUGUAAUAACUUUACCAUUGUGACAAGUGAAAUGAGCUGGGACAAAGUACAUAAGUGGUGACGAUAUGAUGUUCGUAUCUUUAAAUGAAAUGUUGACCUGACUCUUUUACUAAAAAUUUACUCUUUUUCAUGUUAUUCUAGUCGUAUAAAAUAUUACAAAAGUUAAAAAUAUGUAUCGCUGUCGUGUUCCCUAUUCUCAAGAAGAAAUGUAAUAAAGUAUAAAUAAAAAUGA